AUCUGUUCGUGCUUAUGAUAAGGCUUAAGGGCCAUUUGUGAAUGAGAAGACUCUUGAAUAAGACAUUGUCAGAAAAGCAAAGGUAGUGUUGUAAGUCACAUUAUUUAUUCUAAAAUUUGGGGUGAUAGAUUACUUCAUAAUGUUGAGUUUUAGGUCUAACUUUAGGUGCUUUUCUGAAUAACAAAUAAUAUUUAAAAUGCUUUAACACUUAUUUUUCCUACAGGAGAUUAUCUAAAUCAUUCCUUCAGGAUGAAUCCUUUAAACCAAGUAUUCAGGCACCCCUCUGUUAAGUUCUGUUCCAACAACCUAAUGCUUCAUUAUUGGAAGGGUGUCAAACAUACAGUACCUGCAUUAUUGCUCGAUCUUGCACUCAGGUUGACAGGUCAGAAACCGUGGAUGAUGAAAACAAUCACUCGUCUUCACAAAGCCAUGGUAUUUCUUGAAUAUUUUACAAGUAACUCUUGGGUUUGGAAUACUGAUAAUGUCAAUAUGUUAAUGAACCAACUAAACCCUGAAGAUAAAAAGACCUUUAAUAUUGAUGUACGGCAGUUACAUUGGGCAGAAUAUAUAGAGAACUACUGCAUGGGGACUAAAAAAUAUGUAUUGAAUGAAGAGAUGUCUGGCCUCCCUGCAGCUAGAAAGCAUCUGAACAAGUUGAGGAAUAUCCGUUAUGGUUUCAAUACAAUCCUUGUGAUACUUAUCUGGCGCAUUUUUAUUGCAAGAUCACAAAUGGCAAGAAACAUCUGGUACUUUGUGGUUAGUCUGUGUUACAAAUUUCUGUCAUACUUCCGAGCAUCCAGCACUAUGAGAUACUGAAGACCAAGAAUUUAGCAUUAGAACAUCUAUGCAUAUGGUGAUCUAAAUGCACGAAAUGUAAAAUGUACUUAAGUCAUCUCACCUUUUGUUAAGACAUUAAACCAUCUUAAAUUGGAGCGUGGAGUAAAUUAUGGUCCAUUUUAUGUAACAUUUUAAUGUUUAUGCUCAAAACCUAGUGAACGCACUAUGGUAUGCCAGCUCAGAUCUGCAAUAGUCACUCAAACUAUGAUUCAUUUUAAUCCUUGGACUGCAAAGGGUAGGAAGAGGGCAGAAGUGGGGCUAUGGGAACAUUGACCAGUGUAACUGUGCAGUUCUGGAACAUACUAAUUAAAACAUGCCUUAACAUGUAGUCCUAAUAUUCAGUGCAAUGGAAAAUGUGUACACAGAAGGCCUAGAUAAAUUAGUUAAAUAUUUGAUUUGAUUCUUCAAUGUUGAUUUCUUUUUUUCUUUUUAAAUUCUUUGAGAGGUGGAGUUUAGUUUUGCUAAGACCACAGCCAUGUACUUUUUUCUUCCUCUAAGUUACAGGUGGUAUCAAAUGCAAAAACUUAUUUUGAUUUUCUUUCUGAAUAAAUGUGUGUUGCAUAUCAUUUUUUUAAUAAGUAAUUAGUUGCUCUUAUAAUCAGAAGGCCAAAUAUUAUUCUAAAGAUACUAAUAAAUCUGAAUGAAUUUAAGAUUCUGUAUCAAUGUAUACUCUGUGCAUUUGAAGCAAAGUGAAAACAUGCACAGUAAAACUGUGUUCUUAUCAAACAAAUAGGAAACCGUUUUUCUAGUCUACAUUUUGAUCCAAUGGAACUUUGGUGAGAUGUGUGUGCAUUUUGAAGAGGAUUUCUUGAGACUUGAUUAGAGAUGGGGUUGGGGAAGGAUUCAUUAUACUUAUCCUCUCCUUUCUUACAAAUUUUCUCACAGGACUUGCCCCAUAUGAACAUGCAUUAUUAUAAAGAAGUGUAGUUGCAGCUUUUAACAUAAAGAAAAUGCCCUCAUGUGUUUGUCAACACAUAACAAUUUUGACCUUGAAGCUGAAUUCCUUUAAAAAUGAAUAAUGCAUAAAUAUGUGUAUAAAAUUAAAUAAAGGAUUUUACCAUGUAAAGUAGCAAACUGUUGAACGAGUUUCAAGUCAUCUUUUUUGCAUGUUGUUUUAGCUUUAGAAAGACAUGCGCUAUAGAAACAAGUAAUAGCAAGAAAUUGAUGUAUAUUUAUUGAUACAUUACAAUUCCCUUUAAAUCUUACUAGUUUGUUACUAUUUUAUCAUAUUUUUUAGUGCUUGUUCAGCAUAACACAGUUAUAAUUAAGCUGAUCAAGUUGUACUACAUUUAAAUCAUCAGCAUUGUAUCUUGAAAGUGCUUAAAGGGUUAGUUUAUAGUACAAAAAAUUAAGUGUAACUUUACAUUUUAAUUUUUUGUCAAGUAAAAUACAAUGUAGAAGAAGUUUAUUUUACUAUUAUGGAAAACAAAAUGUAAAGGAAAUCAACUUUUUCCGUACUGUUGUAUAAUCUUGAAAAGGAAAAAAAAAAUGCUUCUCUGUGAAGCCAGACUUUGUGUAGUAAAACUUUUAAACAUUAUUUUAAAAGAAAUAUGUAUGUAAAUAUCUGUGUAUUCUUUGGAAUGAUUCUGAAGUCUCUGGUCUAGGACCAUGCCUGUGUAAGGUGUGAGAGACCAUGAUGAUGUGUGAAAAUGGAAUAAAUGAUGCCUUUGAUUUAAGGUGGCCCAUAUAAUAUACAUUGAGUACUCCAUGUCUCCAAAUGUAUUUCCAUGAUGUAAUGAAAACACACUAACCUUUUUAUGAUUUUUAUACAUCUGCCAAAAUAUACUGAGAAUCUGAUAAAUUGUCUUUGGGUCUCUGAAAAGAAUCAGGUGCGAUGUGGGCAGGCCUGUAAAAUGAACCAGAUAUGUGUCUUCUGUUUUAUUGCUCUUGUAAUCUAAUUUAAAGAACCACUAACUAAGGCUGUGCUGAGGUCAAAUUAACUUUAUGUGUUUAGAAUUCUGUUGUCAAAAGAAAGGUAAUGAAUAAAUGAUGCUCAUCCCGGAGUUUAUAAUUUUGAAAUUAGUAUGGAGUAAAAUGAGAUUGUUGAGCUUUAUCAACUAUACUUUGGAUUCAAGCUAUAUUUAAAGAGUUUGGAGAUGUAUUCUGUUUGUAAUUUGCUAGACAGUGUUUUUAGUUCUGAUUAUAUUUUUCAUAUAGAUUAUUCAAUAGGACAACUGUAAAAUAAAUUUAUUUCAUUCACCUCACUUGGCAAAACUGUAUUCUGAACUAUUUAGGGUUUACCUUUAUCUUUCCUUCUCUGAACUCUGGCAUACAUACUUGUACACCGUAAUGUCAUUGUAUCUGUUUAAUUGCCUUGGCAAUGCUAAUGUAUCUUAAUGCUUAGUUCAGAAAAGCAUGGCCGGGUCAUAUGUUGUUUGACUUGAGGGUGACAUAGAAUAAGAGUUUCUCCAGUCUGCCACAUAAAGCUUGGUAGUGGGAGGGGUGCUCUGACCUUUCUCCUCUGUGUUUGUCUGUAGGAGCUGAUUGGGAAACUUUUGUUUUGUGCUUUUUUGUUUGUUUGUUUUAAGUGUAAACUGAUAAUCUUUUAUAAGAAGUAAAUAGAAACAUUAUUGGGUGCCUUUGUUUGUAAACCAAAAAGUAAUAAAUGAAUCCCUAUAUUUCUA